AUGGCAUGUCGAUGCGGACAUCCUCAUGGGUGCCCCUAUGAUCACCCAGUUCGGGAAGUAGCUGACACACAAACCGAGGCCAUCUAUCCGUACGGCCCUGGCGUGAUUCCUCGAGGAUACGAGUAUCCGACUGGUCGUCGGUGGCUAGGUCAGGCUUCACAUGUGCCACCUUUCCCUGCACAUCCUUUCCACAUCGUUCAACGCUCGAGAGUAGUUAGAGAGUAUCUGUCACCUUAUGCUAGUCCCCCGGUUCACGAAGAGCUUGAGCAAGAGGGCUUACUAGCCAGUCUUUCCUAUCGUCCAGCACCACGCUCGCAUGCACCUUCUCGCAAUGCAAACUUCGAGUCGAGUGUACAGAGGCAGAAUCACAACCCAGCAUAUGAUGGCGAUGAUGCACAGAUUGUUCGGUACCGAGACCCAAGUUUUGUCCCAACAUCGCCCUACACUUCCAGGACGCGGGAUGAACUGAGGUAUGAUGGCCAGGCACAGGGUACGAACUUGGAACGAAGCUUUGGAUCAUCCUCACGAAAUGGAGCUUUCGAGCCACGGGCACCCAUGCAGCAUCCGUACUUAGCAUACGAGAAUGCACAGGACAUUCGAUACCAGAGUCCGAGCCCCGUACCUAGGUUGAGGUCCGGGUAUCUCUCAGGGGAAGACUUGAGGAGGAGUCGACGAUUGCACGGUGCGGACGCGAAUCGCAGCUAUGAUACAGCUUCUCCAGAUGGACCUGCUGACUGGUUGGCACCAGCACACAGUAAGAGUUUAGUAGAGUAUUCCCCACGAAACAUCCGCUACCGGCACGUGGGUCCUUUCCCGCCGCAAAGAGAUGGGCAUUUGCUAAGAGAAGAUCUGAAGGGGGAUGGACGGUGGCAAGGACAAGCAGAAUCCGUUCAGAGCCGGAGGCAGUCUCUAAGAGAAUAUGUUGAGGAUGGCCGGGGGCGAGGGAGGGAGGACCAUGAGCGGUAUCGUUAUGAGGAGGAUGGUGAUUAUGCUGCCAGAGGCUUGAGGGCACACCGGCCCACGAACUCCUCCGCGCCUGCAGAUCGAUACGAGCUGCAGAUUGGUGCAAAUAAGAAUGUCCGAUUUCGUGAGGAUAUGGAUUCAGAAGGUCGAAUUCCUGAGCGAGCAGUCGAGACAGAGAGACGCCUAAAAGCUCCUUACCCCUUCACAUGA